CUACUUGCGGCAGUGGCAGGAUAGAGCAGAAGUGACACUGAAAAGUGGUGCGGCUUGGUGGGAGCUGCUUUAGGAGUCAGACCCUCUUCGCAGGGUUGGGGGCACCUCAUGAUGGCUUUACGUGGGGGCCAUGACAUGAUGGCAUUGGAGAUGAAAAGCGCCCUAAACUUUGUGCGGCGUCAUCUCCAAGCAGGAUUGUCGAGGCAAACUUGGCACCGGUGCUACUUCCAGCACACUCCAUGGAGACAGGCUAGUUUUGAAAGCUUCGGUAUUUUACAUACAAUGCGGUCCUUUGUUGAAACAUCGUGCGUCAAUGACACCGGCCUUCGACCACUAAAGCCAUCACCUUUUCAGUACCACCACUCAGGGAGUGCUGGAUCGCUCGAGCCCAUUCCAAUCAAAGCUGGAAACUCUACUCGAAGAUUAAGUGUAAGUAGUCAAGCAUUGAGUGGGGGCAGUGAAGUUGUUCAAGGGUGUCUGCAAGCAGAGUCGCUGGGGGGAGAUGAUCAAGUAGAGUUCCAGGAACUGGAGAUUGAGAAAGUGGAGAUUGCUGUUGCAGGGAGAACAUUCACCAUUGUGCAACCGACUGCCAUGGACCAAGUUCUAGAUAUGUACAUAGAACAAGACCGCCUCGAUAGGGACCCCUACUGGUGUCGCCUGUGGCCUUCUGCACUAGCUCUAGUGGAAGAGAUUACCACUCGUCCCGAACUAGUGAAGGGGCGCUCUGUGUGCGACUUGGGCGCUGGCCUUGGAUUGGGUGGCUUGGCUGCGGCUCUGGCAGGAGCUCGUGAGGUGGUCCUAUACGACCGGGAGCCCCUGGCCCUCGCGUGCGCGCUUAUGACCGCCCGUGCCAACGGCGUCGACGUCGGCACUUUCGGCGCGUUCCACCACUCCCUUCCCUUCUCCGAUUCGCUCCUCACGAGCCUGUGGUCCUUCUCAGAACCUAGCGGGGAUGAGCCAGAAGGUAGAGAAAAGGGGGGGGGAAGCGAAGGAGAGUUGCGAACAGGGAGCGUAAGCGGGGAAAGUUCUCGGAAAGGGGAAAAUAGCGGAGGAGGGCCUGGAAAAGCGGGGGUGGGUCCGGUGUUGAGAGCGGAGCUGUUUGACUGGAGCGACAAAAGUAGGUCGAGAGCGGUUUUUGACGUGGUGCUGGCGUGCGACGUGCUGUACGAGAAGACGUCCGUACCCAAGGUUGCCGACGUCCUGCCGACGCUUUUGAAAGACGGGACGCACAGCCAAGCCAUCAUCAGCGAUCCGACGGACCGGUGCCCUGGAAACAGGGCCCGCUUCGUCGAACUGCUGGAGGGGCGCGAGGCAGGGCAGCCGGAACCUCGGCGAAAGUUGUCCCUUCUACAUUCGAGCCGAAGAACGCCGUUUAUGGACGGUGAAAAGCAUAAUGUGGAGCUUCUACACUUUGGAUGAGUCCUACAAUCUUAGCUCUUUUGAAGGGUACGCUCGACUCUUUAAGGCAUCAGACUGGCGCUCGUCAUAUUGACCGCCAAUUGAGAGGAAUGACCUCUUAUUGAUACAAAUCUACAAUCUUAAUGUGCCAACAUCUAUAGAGCUUUCAACAUACGUGUACUGAUACCUACACGCAACGAGUAGCUUGUCGGGUAAGCAUCGACAGUAUUGGAGAUAUCAAACGGUCCCACUCAUGUCUUGCUCGAGACAUAUGCGG